CACGGCGGAUGUCAUGGCCAGUAUCGGCGCCCAGGAUGCAAUCAAAUACAUUUACGAAAACAACUUCACCAUGGGAAGUCACACGGUCAACCAUGUCAAUUUUAGCGCGGUAUCAAACGACGUCGUGGAGCAAGAGAUUAGUGGGGUGCAAACUACCAUCGCGACGAUUUUGGAUGAGCCAGAUUUCAAAGCGACACUUUCUCGUGCCCCAUAUGGUAUUCCUUACGAGCCAGGUGCACCAUUUGCAUCCGAUGUCACGCGAAUCGCACCCAUUGCUGCUAAGUAUGGUGUUCACAUAGGAUGGUCAAUCGAUUCCAAUGACUGGAAGUGUAAGGAUGAUCAAGAUGCCGCUGGUGGCGUGCAAUGUGUCAAGGACAAUGUCAUGAACCAAGUCAAAGGCGGCUCGUGGGGUAUCAUUCUUUUUCAUGCAAUUUACCACAACACACCGGAUGCUUUGUCUGAUGUGAUUGAUGAACUGGUUCGGGAAGGUUAUCAUUUUGUGUCAGUGGAGGAUAUCGUGAAGGCGAAGUAUGGAGUUGUGUCUGCAGAGUUGAUACGUGGGAAAUGAUCGAAUGGUACUGCGGAGGCAGGCGGCUGAUGGAAGGCAGAAGAGCAAGGUGGAGCAGAAACUCUCUAGGACAUUCUCAGAGCACAAAGAACAGCUGAAUGACUAUUUAAGAUACCGAUUAGAACUUUAGUGUCGAACCGUGAGAAAAUGAACGAUUCGUGUUCUGAAUUGCUG